GCGAGGCAAGGAGCCCUGGCUAUUCGCCGCACCGGACUGCCGCAUGUCCGCGUCCACCGCACGGCUGGCACCGGCCCUUCGUCUCAAGGUGUGUCGUUUCAGGGGAAACAACUUUUCUUGAGCCUCUAGGUCUCUCUUUCUCUCUUGAGUAGGCGUGCAAAUAGGGCUGGUGGUCUUCUUCCCCUUUGCGGUAACAAGGGCCCGUCAAUGGCAACAUUGCAUGUCUGGUGUGCAGCGAAUAGUCAGUGGUCGGGCGGAAGGAAAUCCACAACGGUGGUCUUGGGGCUUGGUGUCUGGGGAUGGGCUCAUGGCCGUCUCUCUGCGUCGUUGUAUCGGUACAAGCUCCGGUCCGGCAGAGAGCUGGGAAGUGAGAAAAAAGAAAAUGCCCACACCCACACCCCUCCCCCUGAAUGCCUCCCCUCGCGCUCCCCCAUCCCAGCUUCCACCCUUCACCCAUGCACCGUGUCCAUCCAGGCGGGUAUCCUUCGUCUCGUCUUCUGCCAUAAUACAAAAACGCCCGCUCCUCCCCAACAUUGUCCGUCAGUCCAGCUCACCCAAUCUCCCACUCAUCUGUCCCAUCUCCUUUCCACCCUCUACCACCACUACUUGUUCCUACCGGCUGCUCCUGUCUGGCUUGGCUGGGCCAUUACUACUACUGCUGCGACGAACAUUCUCCCGCUUUGCUAAAGCACCAAAAAGUUCCUACCCCGCCAUCACCAACACCAACACCACCAUCAUGGGCGAGCAGUCUCCCAAGGCGCCAGUAGUGGCCGAGGCCCACGCUGUUGACACUUUCCACCCUCCCCAGAAGAUGCUUGACAAGCACCCGAGUAAACCUCACUUGAGCAGUCUCGAGGAAUAUCAGAAACUCUACAAGGAAUCCAUCACAGAACCCAAGAAGUUCUGGGGGAGGCUGGCGCGUGAGCUCCUGACCUGGUCCAAGGAUUUCCAGACUGUCCACAGCGGCUCCCUCGCCGGGGGUGACAAUGCCUGGUUCCUGGAGGGUGAGCUCAAUGCGUCAUACAACUGUGUCGAUCGCCAUGCCUUCAAGGACCCCAACAAGGUCGCCGUCAUCUACGAAGCCGAUGAGCCCUCGGACGGCCGGAACGUCACCUACGGCGAGCUCCUGCGCGAUGUCUCCAAGCUCGCCCACGUGCUCACCCAGAUGGGCGUGCGCAAGGGCGACACCGUGGCCAUCUACCUGCCCAUGAUCCCGGAGGCUAUCGUUGCCCUUCUUGCUUGCAGCAGAAUCGGCGCCGUUCACUCGGUGGUCUUUGCCGGUUUCUCGGCCGACUCGCUUCGCGACCGUGUCAUCGAUGGCGGUUCCAAGGUGGUCAUCACCACCGACGAGGGCAAGCGUGGUGGAAAGUUGAUUGGGACAAAGAAGAUUGUCGAUGAGGCUCUCAAGCAGUGCCCUGAUGUCGGCCACGUGCUUGUGUACAAGCGCACCGGCGCCGACAUCCCCAUGACCGAGGGUCGCGAUUUCUGGUGGCACGAGGAGGUUGAGAAGUGGCCCUCAUACUACCCCCCCGUGGCCGUCAACUCGGAGGACCCUCUCUUCCUCCUCUACACCUCCGGCUCUACCGGCAAGCCCAAGGGUGUCAUGCACACCACCGGCGGUUAUCUCCUGGGCGCCGCCACCACCGGAAAGUAUGUGUUCGACAUUCACGAUGGCGACAGGUACUUCUGCGGCGGUGAUGUCGGCUGGAUUACCGGUCAUACCUAUGUCGUCUACGCCCCACUCCUCCUGGGUGUGUCCACCGUCGUUUUCGAGGGUACACCCGCCUACCCCAACUUUUCCAGAUACUGGGAUAUCAUUGAGCAGCACAAGGUCACACAGUUCUAUGUUGCUCCCACUGCCCUGCGUCUCCUGAAGCGCGCCGGCAACCAACAUGUGCGCAACGAGAUGAAGCACCUCAGAGUUCUUGGCUCCGUCGGUGAGCCAAUCGCCGCCGAGAUCUGGAAGUGGUACUUUGAGGUUGUUGGCAAGGAGGAGGCUCAUAUUGUGGACACGUACUGGCAAACCGAGACCGGCUCCAACGUCAUCACCCCUCUUGCUGGUGUUACUCCCACCAAGCCCGGCUCCGCCUCUCUUCCCUUCUUCGGCAUCGAGCCUGCGAUCGUCGACCCUGUCUCUGGCGAGGAGAUCCAUGGCAACGAUGUCGAGGGUGUCCUUGCCUUCAAGCAACCCUGGCCAAGCAUGGCUCGCACCGUCUGGGGCGCCCACAAGCGCUACAUGGACACUUACCUGAACGUUUACAAGGGGUACUACUUCACGGGCGAUGGUGCCGGUCGCGAUCACGAGGGCUUCUACUGGAUCCGUGGCCGUGUUGAUGACGUUGUCAACGUCAGCGGUCACCGUCUCAGCACGGCUGAGAUCGAGGCCGCCCUCAUUGAGCACGCCUCCAUUGCCGAGGCGGCCGUCGUUGGGGUUGCCGACGAGCUCACCGGCCAGGCUGUCAACGCCUUUGUGUCCAUCAAGAACGGCGCCGAAGUCGAUGAUGCCCUCCGCAAGGACUUCAUCCUCCAGGUCCGCAGGAGUAUUGGCCCCUUCGCGGCGCCCAAGGCCGUGUUUGUUGUCCCAGAUCUUCCCAAGACCCGCAGCGGCAAGAUCAUGAGACGUAUUCUCAGAAAGAUUCUUGCCGGUGAGGAGGACCAGCUUGGCGACAUCAGCACUCUCUCGGACCCAUCUGUUGUUGAGAAGAUCAUCAACAUUGUGCACGAGGGCAAGAAGAAAUAAGCGUUUGUGAGCAUGUUGUGUGCGAGUAGGGAAGAGGGAUGAUCGGGAUGGGAGAUUAUAUAUACCACUAUACGACCGACUUGGGCUGGGUUUGAAGGAACGGCGUCCCCUGGAUGGAUCAAACGAGGCAUGGCAGAAAAUAACUUGGGCAUGCCAAGUUAAUUUUUGGUUUUGGGAGUCGGGCAUUUACUUGCUUUGAAAGUCAUUUUUUGUUUUUGUUUCGGGUCUGGGAGAAAGCGUGGAACGCGUUGCGAGUUCUGUUUUGUUGUAGAUGGAUCUUUGGACGUUUGGUUUCCUUUUUUUUGGAUUAUCAUCGAUGUCUUAAAGAUGAGAUAUGGAGGGUGGAUGUUCCUACUGGGAGAUUGGGAUUUUCCGUCUCUGUCUAUUGAUUUGCUAUGGUAGCAAGAAAUACAAAAACAGUUAAAGUACUUGAG